GGCGCGGCGCCAUGGAGUCCGGCGGCAAGAUGACGGCUCAGCUGAUGUUAGCAGUCGGAGGAGCAGUCUUGGGUUCCUUGCAGUUCGGCUACAACACUGGAGUCAUCAAUGCUCCUCAGGAGGUGAUUGAAAGCUUUUACAAUCGGACGUGGAACGACCGCUACGGGGAGUACAUCACCCGCAGCACCCUCACUACUUUGUGGUCCCUCUCAGUGUCCAUAUUCUCUAUCGGAGGGAUGGUUGGAGCUUUCUCCGUUGGCCUGUUUGUCAACCGUUUUGGACGGCGGAACUCUAUGUUGAUGUCAAACAGCCUCGCCUUCAUCGCCUCUGCGCUCAUGGGCUUCUCCAAGAUGGCCAGCUCCUUCGAAAUGUUGAUCCUCGGCCGCUUCGUAAUCGGGGUGUACUCGGGCCUCACCACAGGCUUCGUGCCCAUGUACGUGGGCGAGGUGUCACCCACGGCCCUUCGAGGGGCUCUGGGGACCCUUCAUCAGCUCGCCGUCGUCGUGGGUAUCCUCAUAGCACAGAUCUUUGGCAUGGAGCAGAUCAUGGGGAGCGACUCGCUGUGGCCGCUUCUGCUGGGCUUCAUCUUCGUCCCUGCCUUGAUGCAAUGUAUCAUGCUGCCCUUCGCCCCGGAGAGCCCUCGUUUCCUCCUCAUCAACCGCAAUGAGGAGAACAAAGCCAAGAGCGUUCUGAAGAAGCUCCGAGGGACGACCGACGUCAGCAGCGACCUCCAGGAGAUGAAGGAGGAAAGCCGGCAGAUGAUGCGGGAGAAGAAAGUGACAAUCCUGGAACUUUUCCGCUCGCCCAUGUACCGCCAGCCCAUCCUUAUCGCCAUUGUCCUCCAGCUGUCCCAGCAGCUCUCAGGGAUCAACGCUGUCUUCUACUAUUCUACAAAAAUCUUUUCGAAAGCUGGGGUGCCGGAGCCGGUCUACGCUACCAUAGGCGCUGGGGUUGUGAACACAGCCUUCACAGUUGUUUCACUGUUUGUAGUGGAACGGGCUGGGCGAAGGACGCUCCAUCUCAUCGGCCUGGCUGGGAUGGCAGGCUGCGCGGUCCUCAUGACGAUCGCCUUGGCUCUCCUGGACCAACUGAGCUGGAUGUCCUACAUCAGCAUUAUCGCCAUCUUUGGCUUCGUGGCAUUUUUUGAGAUCGGCCCGGGCCCCAUUCCGUGGUUUAUCGUGGCGGAGUUGUUCAGCCAAGGCCCGCGCCCCUCUGCCUUCGCCGUUGCCGGCCUGGCAAACUGGACGUCAAACUUCAUCGUGGGGAUGGGCUUUCAAUACCUCGAGGAACUUUGCAAAGCCUACGUCUUCAUCAUCUUCAUGGUGCUGCUCAUCCUCUUCUUCAUCUUCACCUACUUCAAGGUGCCCGAGACGAAGGGCCGAACCUUUGACGAGAUAGCGUCCGGGUUCCGCCAGGGGGGCGCCGGGCAGGCUGACAACAAGACGCCGGACGAGUUCCAUAGUUUGGGAGCCGACUCCCAAGUCUAGGACCCAAGAGACCUUUGUUUCCUCCUCCAUGCUUCACUCUUCUUUCCCUGUCUGUUCUUGAUGCUUGUAACAGAAGCCAGGUCCGAGGUGAA